GUAUUCCGAUUGACGUUUAUUGCCGCAUUGCUUUUCACAACCGUCACAUUGGCAUUACACACUCUCUCUGUGCAUAUUUCUAUAUUUUCAUGUUUGUCUGUCUGAAGAAAGGAAAAAAAAAGUUUUUUCUUCUCGCUUCUCUCCCUUCGGUUGGUGUAUCACACACAGUUAAUACUGCUUCUUCUUCCAAUGUGUUACUCGAUUUCAUUUGUUCUUUCUCAGUAGAAAUUCCAAAAGUGCAUAUGGCGUCCCAUUAAACUACCUGUUCCGCUGACAUCAUUUCAUUUCGGGUGAAAAAUAUAUUCUCGGUUCUUUAUUAAAUUUGUGCACGAAAAAUACGUAGACACCACAGUGCAGUAAAAACAUUUGACAAUUUUUUUUGGUGCGAACAAACACAAUUUCAAAGCAAUUCAGUGGCAAUUUUGUGGUUGGAAAAUCGGUUUAUUCUGACACUCGAUUUUUUUUUAUUUGAAAGUUCAGCUCUUGUCUCUGCUGGUUUUUUAAGUUUCAGCCAAGCAAUCGCAAUGGAUAGCCCAUGUGAAUCGGAGAGCUCGUUGGAUGGUGGGGUUAUGUUACCGCCAAGUCCUGUAUCACGCGAACAAUUACAAAAACGCAUCGAAAGUCUUACUCAACAGAAUAGAGUACUUAAGGUAGAAUUGGAGACGUAUAAAAUACGCGUCAAAGUAUUGCAAGAGGAGAAUCGAUCACUUCGACAGGCUUCAGUGAUCAUUCAAGCAAAAGCCGAACAAGAGGAGGAGUACAUUUCGAAUACACUGCUGAAGAAGAUUACAGCACUGAAAAAGGAAAAAGAAACAUUGGCCCAUCAUUAUGAGACUGAGGAAGAAUGUUUGACCAAUGAUUUGUCCCGGAAAUUGGAUCAGUUGCGUCAGGAGAAAUGCAAAUUGGAACAGACGCUGGAACAGGAGCAAGAAUGUUUGGUCAAUAAAUUGAUGCGUAAAAUAGAAAAACUCGAGGCCGAAACAUCAGCCAAACAAUCGAAUUUGGAGCAAUUGCGCCGCGAAAUGGUCGAAUUAGAAAAUACAUUAGAACAAGAACAGGAGGCUCUGGUGAAUAAACUGUGGAAGCGAAUGGAUAAAUUGGAAACGGAAAAACGAUCUCUGCAAAUUAAAUUGGAUGAACCGGUUUCCGAUCCGACAACAUUCAAAGACAUCAACAACGGUGACACCGCCACCAAUCUCAGUUCACACAUUCAACACUUGCGAUCGGAAGUGUUGCGGCUGCGCAGCAAUUUGAUGGCCGCUCAAAAGGAGACCAAUCAAAAGAUGCAGCAAUUUGCCCAAGAAGAGAAAACAAUUCGCGAAGAAAAUCUACGCUUACAACAAAAACUACAGGCCGAAGUGGAGCGACGCGAACGAUUGUGUCGACACCUAUCCGAAUCCGAAUCCUCAUUAGAAAUGGACGAAGAGCGCUUCUACAAUGAAAACUUUAAUUUGGCAAAUCAUCGACAGCGCACAAUCAGUAGCCCGGUACCAAAUAGCCCAUCGUCAAGUAGUCGUCCAUUGAGCCCUGGCAGUGCGGCCACUGGACGUUGUUAUGCUUGUGGUCAACUAUUGGGCCGACGGACAAGCGAGCGUUUCAUUAAACCAGCUGUGCCAACCACAUCACUUUGCCUGAACACAUCAGCACCGAAUGUGAUGUCGUCCAUGUCAUCGGGUAGCAGCUCAAAUCCAGUGAAUAUAUGCUCACACAAUGUUACACUGCCAGCAAAUAUUAGCAAUUCGAGUAUGCCAUUCGGUUCGACUAAUGCGUUGACACAACCAGCGUCUCCAAUGGACACAUCGGCUUACAACAAAGACUAAAUGGAAGAAAAACAACAAUAACAACACGACUACGAAAUCAAUUUCGAUUCACAACUUAACUAAAAUAUGAAGAUUUAAAAUAUAAAGAAAAAAAUCUACUUAAGUAAGCAGCUAUUUCGCAGGGAGAAACAAACACAUAAACAAUAAAGUAAUAAGCACACACACACACAUUAUACAUUACAUACACUUAAAGAAAUGCAUACGCAAAAAAAUGAAAGAAAUAACGAAAAAGAAUGAUAAACAAAUUGUGCUGAGUGGCCUCUGUUUGAAAUGAAUUUGAAAUUCCAAUCGUUCAACAGAUUUCUUUGUCUGCCGGUGUUUGAAUUGUUCAUAGAAAACGUUGACCACUCGUUGGACAUGUAGUAGUACAGAUGAAACAAAGGGAAAUUUGGAAAAUGAAAUACAUUAAACUAAAGAAAUGAAAAAUUCUACUAAACGGUGAUUUAAAACUAUUAAAAAUGAAUGUUGAUUUAAUCAAGAUCCAUUUAAAAAAAAAACACACACAUUUUCUAAAAAUAAGAAAACUCAAUUUUAGUUUAUGUACAUACAUGCAAAGUAUGAGAAAACAAUUGAAAGAAAAAAACUACUACAAAGAAAUCGCAAGAAAAAGAACUUCAAACAAAUAUUCUCGAAUUUUGAAUUUACUCUAAACGUUAAUCGGAUCAGCUAUUGUAAUUAAAUUUACAAGUAUAUGAAUUAUAUGCGCAACACACUGCCUCGACGAUGCAAUCGAAGCCCUACGAAUGGGUGCGCGAACGAAGUGAGAAGGAGAUAAAAAGAAAGCACUUGUCGAUGAUUCUGAUGAAAAUGUGUGCGAUGUGAAGCACGAAAACGGCAUUUUCAUCAAACAACAGACAAUUCGAUUGAAAUCCUCGAUGAAACGAACCCUUCGUCAGAAUGAGAAGGAGUCCAAAGCAAUAAUUUGCGCAUCUUUUUUUUUCCAUAUAAUGGAAAAAAAUGAAAAUUCAAUUCAUAUUUUAAUGGGUGUCCAGGUCCACACAUUUGGUGGCUGUUUUUUUCCUCUCGGAAGAAAAAUAAUUAUAGACGAAAUGAAAUUGCUUGGCUUUUUUCCGCUUUUCUUUGUUUUUCUUUUUGUUACACGUAUAAAAACAAUUAUAUUCGGAAAAUGAAGAUAAAAAAACAAGAACAACAACAAAAACACAAGAUUAUCAAAUUAUUUUUAAAUCAAUUUAUUCUAUUGUAAUUGCAUGUUAAAAGACAUUUAACAUUUAUUGUAUGGUUUUUUGUUGUUCUGAAAGCGCCUCAAUCCACUCAUUUCCCCGUCGAUCAACAACUGAAUUGAUCAAAACACAUUUUCAGCCAUUGACUGAAAUCGCUUUUUUUUCUUUUUUUCCGUCACAUUUUUAAGCUAUAUUAUUCAAAUCUAUCGGCAAUGAUUGAUAUAAAUCAACGGCGACAUAAAAAAAAACAAAUACACGAAAGGAACACACACACACACAUAAACACACACCAUUACCAUUAUGUUGAAAAAAAGAAUAAACAUAAAAAAAAUAGCAAAAAAUCGGAAAUAAAGUGCACGUUCACAUUAUAAUAA